AUGCACAUAACGCAUAUAGAUGUUAUUCUUCUUCUUGUUAUCGUGCUCAUUUCACAGACGACCAGCAUCCGGUUUUACGUACCGCCGAAUGGUAAAAAAUGUUUGAAGGAGGAGAUACACAAGAAUGUAGUUGUUACUGGAUCAUAUGAAUUUGCCGAUACUACGGGUCAUAUUAGUUCUGUCCAUGCAAAUACUAGAAGUCAUACAUUAUAUCAGCGAGAACGUUUCACUGAAACGAGUGGCAAGUUUGCAUUCACAGCUGACGAAUAUGAUAUCUUUGAAAUAUGUUUCAGCACACAUCUUCCACCAAAUAUUCGAGGUGGGAAUCGUGAAGUUUAUUUGGAGAUGAAACGAGGCGUAGAAGCCGUGAAUUAUAAUGCAGUUGCCGAAGCAGAGCAGCUUAAACCUUUGGAAGUUGAAUUAAGGCGUUUGGAGGAUUUGUCUGAUUCGAUUGUUCGAGACUUUGCUUAUAUGCGGCAAAGAGAAGAGGAGAUGAGAUCCACCAACGGUAAAAUCAACAAACAGCCGAGUGUUGUAUUUGAGUAUAUUUUCAAUGAUGUGCCUUCUCAGUUUGGCCAUAUGGCAAGUGCUAUAUCUUCGUCGCAGCGUUUAAACGCUUAUGAAAUAAUGGUUGAUGGCAUGCUCAUCCUCGCUGCUAAUAUUCAAACUGGAGAAUGUGGAAUCAAGAAAUCCAUUAGAGUGCCUUAUAUGCGAUCGAGUAUUUCUUUAUUUUGUUUUGCAUCGUCGCCUGGGAUUAUAGCUCCUUUAAUCGAGUUCUCAUCGCCUGUUCGUUUACCGUGCCAGCACAAUUACUGUCGUGAGUGUAUCCAGAACCGGAAAGCAUGUCCGGUAUGUGGCAUUGCUAUUGACGGUGAAGUGUGUCCAGAUAAUCUACUCUCAUUCUUAAUUGAUACUAGUCAUGAAACAGCUGAUGUAUGUGCUAACUGUGAUCAGAUAUCACAGCCCAUGCAUUUCUGUGAAACCUGUCAACAGGCUCUUUGUAAUCGCUGUCGACACAGUACACAUCAGGCCCGAAUGUUUGCUACUCAUCGAGUUGUGCCUUUGGAAGAGCGAGCACGAGUCAAAGGGCGCAUGACUUGUCCAACACAUGGAGAGCCUUAUAUACUCUAUUCAAUAGAAAGUCGUAACUUGGCAUGUAUUGUAUGCUUUAAUAACGCUGCUUUUGAUUCGAGGCAUCAUCUCGUUCAAAUUGACGCCGCACACAAAAUGGGUUGUGAAAAAUUGGACAAAGCAACUGUUAAAUUGCGCGCAUUUCAAGAUGAUGUUGCCGAGCAACUGCAAUUAAGAAAACGUUUAGCUUCCGAGCUUGCCGAAAGUCACCGUGUUGCGUGUGAGAGCAUUCGACAAACUUGUCAGGAAAUGACCGAUACGCUAUUAACAGUUCGAGAUCGUUUGCUGAAAAAACUUGAUGAAGAAAUGGCUACGCGUCUCCAACAUUUCCAUGAACAGAUGAGACAGCUUACAUCCUUACAGCCCACAACACGACUGUGCUUGUUGAGUGCCUCAGUUUUUUGCUCCUCUGCCUCAAAACUUGAUUUUUUGCAAUGUUACACAGAUUUGCUGAAAAGAAUUCAAUCAUUAAUAUCAAUGAAAUGUGAAAAGCCACAAUAUACUGGCGAAUUAAUAGUGGAUAGCCGAGAGGAGUUCAAUAAAGCUUUGGAACCAUUUCUUGGGUUGUCUUCGUUUUUGCUCUGCACUAAUGUAAACAAUGGUAAUGAUGGAAAUGAAAGGAGCUGUGGAACUGCAUCUCCAAGGAAUAGUUUUGUAAGACGUUCUGGAUCCAAUGUUGUCAAUGGGUGCCAAUUAUUGCUAAGUAAGUAUCAACUAGUUGUUGAUCUGGCUGGUGCAUUUGGUGAGCAGUUCACCAGAGUGGAAACCCCGCUUCAACAAUACAAUCAUGAAAUGACGAAACUUGGUAAAAAGGUGCAAGAGUUACAGAGAGAUUUGACGCUACGCCGAUGUAUUAUUGAGAAAGAUUCUAUGAUUGAUCUCAUACAUAGGUGCAAGGAUUUGGAUAUAAGAGUUGGUCAGCAUUCUACAGUUGUAAGUGAUUUGCAACCUCAACUGCAGCAGAUAUGGCAGGAAGAAUUGGAUAGAGUCCGCAGACAGCAAGUUCUAUUCAGGGAAAAGAUUGAAGAAAUAAUAACACUGCGUGAAAAAGCACGCCAUAUUGUCAAUGCAGCUAAGCAGCUCGAACCGUACGCUGUUUGUUUAGCUGCUGUAACAUCCGUGAUCGAUCAUAAACGAUGCUUCAAGCCAAAUCCAGCUCCAAUGGAGACCAUAUGUCAACAAAUCAAUACUAUCGAGCCGGAUAGUCAACAAAGAAUUGAAGCUAUCGAAAAAGAAGAGCAAAAUCGCCGCUUAAUUCAAGACCAAAAGAAACGAGAGGAGCAAAUGAAAAUCGCGGCAGUUAAAAAAAAUCUAAAAACCACCAAAGAGCAAAAAAGGCUAAUGAGGAAAUCUACUGUCGACAGUUCUCGUCCUUCACGUCCACCACUUGUUAAUAUGAUCCGUGAUCGAAGCCGGGGUGGCACAGAUCGAGCAUUAUUGUCUCCUUGUCAACGACGACGUAAAGGCUGGUUAAUCAGUUCAAGGAGUCAAUCUGAUGCAGAUGAAAUGGAUAUUUUGCUGGACAUUUCUUUCGAGUUCUUUGCUGAAUCUUCGACAGCUGAAGCUGAACUUAUAAAAGUAGAAUGCGAGCAUCGAUUUUGUCGUUCACAGUUAUUUCUUCCUUCAACUUUAUUGUCAACUGUAUCACCUUUCAAUGAUAAAGAUUCUUUACCAUUGUCAAGUAGUUCAUUACCGGAUGACAGUCACAUUUCAAAACAGAUGAGCAAUGCGGAUUUAAGCAGAAAAAGCGAGGAUAUUGUAGUUCGCUGCGAAGAGAGAAAUGAUAUGGCUGGUUCAAAAAUUCCUGAAGUUCCAUUUGUCCCCAAAACAAUAUUUGCAAAUUUGAACAACCCAAACACAACACUUGGUACAUACGAAGUGCGUGAAAAAGUAUUGGAAAGCUUAAAACAAAGAAUUCCCAUAGUCGACGCUUGUGCACAAUGCAAAACAGCAGAACAUGAUGCUUAG